AGGGCACAAAAGUACGGGGUACUACUACCAAGUUUUCGUGCAGGACCGUUUGGCUUAGUCAACCCGCCGCGUCGUAUGUAGCUCUCUUUAGCUUUUUUAAUGCUGCCUACCUGCCGACAUGGGCCCCAGUACAGGCUUAGCAAAAGAGGAAAAAAUAGAUUAGAAAAAGAUAAACGACAAGAUAAAACGACAAAACCCUGGAAAGGAAAAACCGCCAACGCCACAACCGCAAAUAUACUUCCCCGAUCAAUGGACUACUCCGAGCUGGCACUAGAUAGUACCUGCAAAACGAGGCUUGUCGAAGCGGCCAUGCCCACUCGCCUCGUGGCCCAUAUAGCACAUGCACCUCUGAUGCUGGCACCCGUAGCAUCCCGCAUCGCCAUCUCGUCUUAUCGUGCGAAACUACCUAGUUGGUACUCGUAUAGCACCAAGCAUUGGACGCGCCAUGGUGAUCUGCCGGCCAGGAUGAAAUGGCCUGGCUCGACUCUGACUCGCUGCCGCGUCCAAACCCGGCAUGUCUCCCUGCCAUGUCCAAGAGGUAUGGGACUUGUCGGUAGUGCUUUGGUAGCCGGCGCAAAUAGCACUGACAUCAGUAGCGGCUCGGGAUCAGUUCACAACAACGCAUAAAGACCCAGAGAUGGAAUCAUGUUAGUGAGAUUGUCCAGACAGCGCAGUUAACAUCAUCGUGAUUGGACUUGAAAUUCAGCCGAUGCUGGAAAGCGGAGGUGCUGUUGGCCCAGCUUCAAUCUUAGCACAGAGCUCCCUACACCCUCGUAUAAUAUAUACCGUCUGCCAAUUAUCCUCGAGGCUAGUUGCUCAAGGCGCAGAUCCCUCCCCGUUCGCUGCCGUCAACAUCGUCUGAUCAGAGCA